AUGCGCCUGGACCCCAGGGCCCCGGAGCUGCUGGCCUGCUUCCCUGCCUCGGACGAGGAUCGGGCCCUCCUGUCGGACGUGAGGAACAUCGGAAUCUCUGCACACAUUGACAGUGGGAAGACCACCCUGUCCGAGCGCAUCUUGUACUACACUGGUCGCAUCAACGCCAUCCAUGAGGUGCGAGGCAAGGACGGCGUGGGAGCCAAGAUGGACUCCAUGGACUUGGAAAGGGAGAAAGGCAUCACCAUCCAGUCUGCAGCCACCUUCUGCCAGUGGAAGGACACUCACAUCAACCUGAUCGACACCCCAGGCCAUGUGGACUUCACAAUCGAGGUGGAGCGUGCCCUGCGAGUGCUGGAUGGAGCUAUUCUCGUGCUGUGCAGCGUGGGAGGCGUCCAGUCGCAGUCCAUCACCGUGGACAGGCAGAUGAGGCGAUACGAUGUGCCUCGCCUGGCCUUCAUUAACAAGCUGGACAGGGCCGGGGCUGACCCCAUGAAGGUCCUGCGGCAGCUGAGGGAGAAGCUGCGCUUGAACGCCGCAGCCGUGCAGGGCCGGUCCGCGGUCUACCUGCAGAUCCCCAUGGGUGUGGAGGACUCCAUGAAGGGGCUCAUCGACCUAGUGGAGCGCAAGGCUUUCGUGUUCGAGGGCCCCAGUGGAGACACCGUCGUAGAGAUCCCCGUGCCCGUGGAAUUCAUGGCAGAGAUGGAGGCCAAGCGCACGGAGCUGGUGGAGCGAGUGGCAGAGGUGGAUGAGGGCGUUGGCGAGCUCUUCCUCAUGGAGGAACCGGUGGACGCCGCCUCCCUGCGGCACGGCAUCCGCCGCGCCACGCUCUCCCUCGGCUUCGUCCCGGUCUUCAUGGGGUCUGCCUUCAAGAACAAGGGGGUGCAGCUGCUGCUGGAUGGGGUAACCGACUACCUGCCCUGCCCCAUCGACAUCACCAACACCGGGGUUGACCUCGCGGACUCCGAGGCGCCAGUGCCCGUACACUGCACCAGGCAAGUGAUUGUUGAGCGGAGUGGUGGAAGAGGCGGUGGGUCUGGGCCGCUGGUGGCCCUGGCCUUCAAGCUGGAGGAGGGGCGCUUCGGCCAGCUCACCUACGUCCGCAUCUACAGCGGUGUGCUGCGCAAGGGUGACAACAUCGUGAACCAGAGCACGGGCAAGCGGCUCAAGGUCCCGCGCCUCGUGCGCAUGCACUCCAACGAGUUGGAGGACAUCGCCGAGGCAGGGGCGGGCGACAUCGUGGCGCUGUUCGGCGUGGAGUGCGCGUCGGGCGACACCUUCACCGACGGCACGCGCGUGGCCAUGACCUCCAUCCGCGUGCCCGAGCCGGUUAUGAGCCUGGCGGUGGCUCCGCGCGCGCGCGACCAGAGCGCCAACUUCUCCAAGGCGCUCAACCGCUUCCAGAAGGAGGACCCCACCUUCCGCAUGGCCCAGGACGGGGAAAGCGGGCAGACGGUCAUCAGCGGCAUGGGCGAGCUGCACCUGGAGAUCUACAUAGAGCGCAUGCGCCGCGAGUACCGCGUGGACUGCGAGGUGGGGCGCCCGCGCGUGAACUACCGCGAGACCAUCACCCGCGCCGCCACCUUCGACUACCUGCACAAGAAGCAGUCGGGGGGGCAGGGCCAGUACGCGCGCGUCGCGGGGCGUAUCGAGCCCCUCCCCCCCGGCCACCCCACCAAGUUUGAGUUCGAGAACGGCAUCAUCGGCAACGUCAUCCCCCCCGCCUACCUCCCCGCCUGCGAAAAGGGGUUUGCCGAGGCCGUCAACUCCGGCUCCCUCAUCGGGCAUCCCGUGGAGGGAGUGCGCGUGGUGCUCACCGAUGGCGCCGCGCACGCGGUGGACUCCUCCGAGCUAGCCUUCAAGCUGGCCUGCGUGCACGCCUUCCGCGCCGCCUUCGAGCGUGCGGGGGCCACGGUGCUGGAGCCCAUCAUGCGCGUGGAGGUGCAGGCGCCCACCGAGUUCCAGGGCGGGGUCAUGGGCGACAUCAACCGGCGCAAGGGCGUGAUCAAUGGGUCGGAGCAGGAGGGGGACGACACCGUGCUGGAGGCCUCCGUGCCCCUCAACCAGAUGUUCGGCUACUCUACCGCGCUGCGCUCCAUGACGCAGGGCAAGGGCGAGUUCACCAUGGAGUACCAGGGGCACCAGCCCGUGACCCAGGACGUGCUGGCGGAGCUCACCUCCAACCACCAGGCCGCCAAGACCGCGGCCAGGGGGUGA